CCUCUGCCUGCCUUGCGCCAUCACCACCACGCAUCGACUCGAUUGUCAUCGCAAGGCCCAGCACGGCCAUUUCAUCAAAGUUCGAGGCUCUGCUGCUGCGAAGCCCAUCAGCUUGCCCCAAUGGCCCCUCAAUCACCGACCGAAGGCCGAGAUUCGCCCGGCUCGUCUGCCAGCGAAAAGAAACGCAAAAACAACAAUGGCUCCUCUAGCAGCAAGAAGCGCGCGUAUGGCGAGGCCUCAGGGCUCCCAAACGGGGCGAAAAGCCAUGUGGUGCGACGCUCAAGCAUAAGCAAGCCUGGGCGGGAUCAGCGCGACGAGCCUGUAUUCAAGCACAAGAAGCGGAAGCGGCGCGACGAUCGAGACAGAGACUCUGGCAAUGCCACGACAUCCGUAUCACGGCAGGACAGCCCUGCCAUCGAUUUCGAUGGCCUCAGCCGACCCAGCGUAGGCACGCGCCAGCGAUUGGAAGAAACCGAGGAAGAAAAGGCUGCCCGACUCGACCGCAUGAAGGGCGCUGUCAAGACUCUGCUCGAGUGCGUUGGAGAGGACCCGAAUCGAGAAGGUCUCUUGGCUACGCCCGAACGAUACGCCAAGGCCAUGAUGUUCUUCACGCAGGGCUAUGAACAAAACGUAUUUGACAUUGUCAAUGGCGCAAUCUUCCAGGAAGGCCACUCAGAGAUGGUGGUGGUGAAGAACAUAGACGUCUUCUCUCUUUGCGAACACCACCUUGUGCCCUUUACCGGCAAGGUACAUAUUGGCUACAUCCCUAACAACGCCGUCAUUGGCAUCUCUAAGCUGCCUCGCAUUGCCGACAUGUUUUCCCGCCGGCUGCAGAUCCAAGAACGCCUCACCAAAGACAUAGCCAAUGCCAUCUUCGACGUCCUGCGGCCUCAGGGAGUGGCCGUCGUCAUAGAGUCCAGCCAUCUGUGCAUGGUCAUGCGUGGCGUGCAGAAGACGAGCAGCACCACCAUCACCAGCUGUAUGCUUGGCUGCUUUGAGCGCAGGGAGAAGACGCGAAACGAAUUUCUUAGCUUAAUUAAUGUUAACCGCCAUUGAGGCUGGUUCUUUUUUCAACCCCAGUCCUAUAUUCAACAUUUUGCCACUGGCUUUCACGGUGAGCUUCCCCCCUCACUCGUCUCUGUGGGCAUAUCAGAUUCCGCAUUGGUCUGUAUCGACCACCCGUUGCAUUCUACUUUUACUACCUAUCACUCGAGAUGGCGGACAACUACGGCAUGAUAAUGUAUGCCAAAAUUCAUUUAGAUUUAGUAACGAACAAAUCACUCUUGAGCCC